GGAACAGGACACACAUGGCAAAGGACACCGGGCAUGGGACGCCAGGGACAGAGGACAUCGGGAGCACAGGACACAUGUGGCACAGACUAGGGACAGAGGACACCAGGGUCACGACACCGAGGGCACAGGACAACACAGGCGGGCCGCCCUGCGGAGCCGCCCCGAGAGGCGGGCCCGGACCGGACGGGCUCUCGGGGCGAUGUGGAGCCCGGCCCCGCUGUGCGCCCUGGGCCGGCGGCCCCCCGGUCCCUCCGCGCCGCUGCAGYCCCUGAUCCGCMUSUUCCAGUGGGAAUAUCGRGAGAAAAYMCCSAUYCRCMUGYUCCAGWGSGAAUAUYGRGAGAAAACCCCSAUCWGCCUGCUCCAAAGGGAAUAUCGWGAGAAAACCCCSAUYCGCCUGCUCCAGRRGGAAUAUCGRGARAAAACCCCSAUCCACCUGCUCCAGAGGGAAUAUCGGGCGCUGCCGGGGCAGGGCUGGGGAAGGACACMGCCCCUGCCUCCCCGCCGAUUUYUAAGUAAUCAACCCAAAUCCAAGCGGCAUCCUAAAACAUUUCCUGUUCUGGACGGACGCGUCCCCGCCGUGUACCGCUAUGUGUUUGAAGAGAAUUUAAGGAACAGCGAGGCUGUGAUUAAAAGAUACUCGGAAUUGCUCGAGAGGGUGAAGAAAGGAGGGGGUGAAAACGCCAUCCUGCGGCACACUCAGCGCAACAAGAAACUGUUCGUGCGGGAGCGCCUGAGGCUGCUCCUGGAUGAUGGCGAUUUCCUGGAGCUGUCCCCGCUGGCAGGGCUGGACAUGCCCUAYGGAGAUGUCCCUGCUGCCGGCUGCCUCACAGGAAUUGGCAAAAUCUGUGGGAUCUGGUGUGUUUUCAUUGCGAGUGAUGCCACUGUGAAAGGAGGAACAAUUUACCCAAUUGGAGUGAAAAAACAAUUGAGAGCCCAGGAAAUUGCCAUGGAGAACAGGCUGCUGUCUGUGCACCUKGUGGACAGUGGGGGAGCCUUCCUGCCUCUGCAGUCAGAGCUGUUUCCUGACAAGCUGCACGGUGGCAGGAUUUUCUACAACGAGGCAAUCAUGUCUGCCAUGGGAAUCCCCCAGGUGGCUGUAGUGUGUGGCUCCUGUGUGGCUGGGGGUGCCUAUGUGCCCACCAUGGCUGAGGAAUCCGUGAUCAUAGAUAAAAUUGGGACUCUGUUCCUUGCUGGGCCACCCCUGGUGAAAGCUGCCACRGGGGAAGAUGUCUCUCCUGAGGACCUUGGAGGAGCCAGGCUUCACUCACAAGUCAGUGGCUGUGCUGACCACUUUGCACCCUCAGAAGAGGAGGCCUAUGAGUGUAUUCGUAAUGUUGUCUCCACCUUAAACUGUGAGCCAGUGCCAGAGGAGGACAGRGAGCAUGACAAUCCUUUGUACAGCUCUGAGGAGCUCCUGGGCCUGGCACCCCUGGAUUAUGGCUGCACUCUUCCUGUCAAACUGAUUCUGAGCCGUCUGGUGGAUGGAAGCAGAUUCCAGGAAUUCAAGGCUAAUUAUGGAACAACAUUAGUAACAGGAUUUGGCCAUGUGGAAGGGUACUUGGUGGGGAUAGUGGCCAGCAAUGGGGAGCUGGCUCACGAUGCUGCUCUCAAGGGCAGCCACUUUGUGCAGCUCUGUGGCCAGAGAGGAAUUCCCAUCCUCUUCCUCCAAAACACUGCUCCACAGCCAGCAGGGCCAGCAAGCAUCUCACAGGCAGAGGCUCAUUCCAACAGGCUGAAGGCCCAGGCCUCCAUGAUGGCUGCAGUUGCCUGUGCUGCUGUUCCCAAAAUAACCAUUGUCAUUGGAGGAUGUUUUGGGAGUGAGAGCUACAUCAUGUGUGGGAGAUCGUUCAGUCCAAACUUUCUGUUCCUGUGGCCCAAUGCAAGAAUUGCUCUUGUGGACUCACGGCAUUUCCCCACAGUGCCCCAAGCCUGGGACAGUGAGUGUGCAGGAGAGGAACCAGAACUAAAACAGCUGAAGGCAAAGCUAGARGAAGAAAGCAGUGCCUUUUACUCCUCUUCCAGGCUCUGGGAUGAUGGGAUCAUUCUACCUCAAGACACCAGGAAGGUGAUUGCCCAGUGCUUGAAGAUCAUGGAGCAGCAGAAGUUCCAGGCUGUGUCUCCCUGUUCCUAUCCCAUCAUCAGGAUGUAACUGGAGCCUCCUCAAACAAGAAACCUUUGCCAGAACUGUGAGUGUAAAGAUUUUCUAAUUCUUUGAUACCAUGAAUAAAAAUGUUGAACAAUUGAAGACAAACAAGAAUCYCAGGUUU